AUGACAUCAUUGGCGCGACCCCUCCAACCCCCCUUCGUCAUCCUUCGCAUCAUCAUCACCACACCUCCAAAAGCUGAGAGAGAGCUUGUUCUAUUGUACGAGACUGUAGUAAACAGAUACUUGAGCUACCAUGAAGGCCCAUGCCCAGAGUGGUGGGAAGCUGUCGUGGCCUGCCUCGCUCUCCCCGGCCCGAAGAAGACUAGAGCUUCGAGCUACGAGAGCUACCCGGGUUCAAGCCCAAACUAUGACAUGAGUGUCUCACUCGGCCCUUUCCUUCAUCCCGACUUCAACGCAGGACCCUUGUCGCAUCGCAUCGCGGCUGUCGCAUCUUACACUGCAACUUUCCUCUUGACGAACACCCUUUUCCUGCGCCGUGCCCCAACUCUCAUUCCUCUGAGCUUCGCGAUAUCAUCAGAAGGUACAGCUUGGGUAACAGAGGUACUUUGCUCUGAAAUCCAGACAACCCCGUCAUCAUCCAAAAUGCGACGCUGGUUCUCCCCCCAAAAUAGCGACGAGUGCCAUGGCAUCGCCAUCAGCACGAAGCCUUUGAGCAUUUCCGCUUCAGUGGUCCCCAUCACGCCUCCUUCUACGAACCGAUCACUCUCCAUCAGAUCCAACCACCGCCGCAACGGCUCCCAGAACAACGGCGCCUCCAAGCGCGCCGGCUUCUCCUUCAACUCCCUCCGCGGCAAUGUCCAGCCCGAGCUCUCGCGCAAGCUCUACAAGAUCAUCAAGAGCGAGAACAACCUCAUCAACGCCCACGAGACCGCCGGCCGCGAGCGUACCUCCAUCGCCACCCAGCUGUCCGAGUGGGGCGAGCAGACCAACGACGCCGCCGUCUCGGACGUCUCGGACAAGGUUGGCGUCAUCCUGAGCGAGCUUGGCGAGCAGGAGGAGCAGUAUGCUCACUCCCUGGACGAUGCCCGCGGUGUUUUGAAGCACAUUCGCAACACGGAGAAGAGUGUGCAGCCGAGCCGCGAUGGCAAGGAUAAGAUUGCCGACGAGAUUGCCAAGCUCAAGAUGAAGGAGCCCCAGAGCGCGAGGCUCGUAGUCCUCGAGCAGGAGCUUGUCCGCGCCGAGGCAGAGAAUUUGGUCGCCGAAGCCCAACUGACGAAUAUCACUCGCCAGAAGCUCAAGGAAGCGUACGAAGCCGAGUUCGCAGCUACUAUUGAGAGGGCCGAGAAGCAAAUCAUCCUUGCCAAGCACGGCCGACGGCUUCUUCACCUCCUCGAUGAUACCCCUGUCGUACCAGGCGACGAGCGUCCCACAUAUCACCACGCUCAACAGGCGCGACAGAUUCUCAACGACGCCGAGGAUGACCUGCGCGACUGGCGCCCAGAGCAGGACGACUUCAACGCUGCACCGUCCGAGUCCGUGUCUAACACCCGGGGCACCCAGGACGCGGUACACGACGAGGACGCUAAGAUCGUAGCUGGCUCGGUCCCUGGUCACCAGGCGGUUUCGGAGAAGGACACCGAUAGCAUUGGAUUCGUCGUGCGAUGCUUUCCAGUUUGUAUGAAGGAUAUUAGGACGGACAGGCUGGAGUUGGAGAUUGUUGAGGAAACCACGGAAAAGAGAAUUAUUCUCGGCUUGGCUGGUCAAAUACAUGAAUGCCGUUCCAGGCAGCCGACCCCGCUCUGUGCGACGCCCAACACGUGGUCUUUUUUGGCAACCAUCACCUCCAAUUAUCAUCUUUUUCAUAAGAAGUCUUUUCUUUCGUUUCUACGAGGUAUCGCCAAGGAAGAAGAAGAAGAAGAAGAAGAAGAAGAAGAAGAAAUCAUGGACUCAACCACGACGAUUGACGUCUCGACGUACGACAACCAGCUCCAAUGCCCGCUCUUUGGGACUUUACCGGGCGAGAUCCGCAACGAGAUCUUUGCGCUGGCGCUGGUGCAGGUCUCGGAGGAGGAGGGGGAUACGGCGUACCCGAAGGACUCGUACUGGUAUCGGCCUGGGUUCACGGGGCCUAGGAAGAGCAGUAGUAGUUUGCUGAGGGCGUGUAAGCUGGCGUAUGUGGAGGGGCAGAAGGUGUUCUUGAGGGAGUUGGAGUGGGCUUUUUGGUUUGACCGCGGCCCGGAGGGAAGAACGAGAAACCACGCCUGCGAGAAUUUCUUCUCCGCCCUGACGGAGCAACAUGCGCGCGACCUGACCAAGGUGCGCUUCUUUACGCAGAUGUACUGGCUCGAAGACGGGCGGAACCUGGCGACGCUGUUUGCGCAGCCGAAGUUCCGGCCCGAGGUGUUGACGAUCACGGUGCGGUAUUCGGACUGGUGGCACUGGGAGAGCGACGAGCCUUUGAGGAUGAAGGAGGAUUGGUUGCGGGGGUUCCGGGGGCCGAAGGGGUUGAGGGAGUUGAGGGUCGAGUAUGAGACGCUUGUGGGGAAGAGGGAGGAGAUGAUGGGGAUUGUGGGGAGGAAUAAGGGGUGGAAGUUGGUCGUUGGAGGUGGUGGUGCUGGGAGGGAUGAUGGGAGGGGAGGGGGGGAAGGGGAGAGAGAGGAUGGAGAGGAAGAGGAAGAAGGGUAUUUGAGUGCCGAGGGGACGGAGCUGGUGGAGUGGACUUGGACGGGGGCGAGUAAACUCGGCGGGCAGACGUGGGCUCAUCACGGGGAGGGGGAUACGGUUGAGUAUGUUGUUGUUAUGGAUACGUGGAGGUUUGUCGAGGGGAGGAUGAGCGAGGAGGAUCGGGCGAGGAGGAUGGAGAGCCGGCCGUUGUAUUCUGGGUAUGCUCAUCCGCAUUAUUUCGGGUGGAGUGAGGAUGAGGAUGAAGAGGAUGAUGAUGAGGAUGAGGAUGAGGAUGAACAGGAUGAUGAUGGUGACGAGGAAGAGGGAGAGGAUGACGAAUAA